AUGGGUUUGGGGUACGCGUUUUUCGAUACUCUUGCUGACGCCAAUGUUGCCGUUGAAACAUUGCACACGACGGAGUUCAAAUCGAGAACCUUGACCGUUCGCUAUCACGUCCCGUAUGUUCCUGGAGAGAGGAUUGGAACCAUAAGAGGGUUCAGUAAACUCGGAUCUGGGUCGCCUGAAAUUGCAGCUCAACCAAGUACUGGCAAGAAUAACGAGGAAGACGGCGCUGCCAAUGGCCUUAGCACUAAGAUCCUCAACGGGUUGAAGGCCAAGUCAGAAGCUGCCCAUGCCGUAACUUCUACCCAGAACCAUGAUUUGAAGCUGGAUGUUCAGGAAACCAAAAGUACUUCUAAUGCUUCUCAGGCUCAGAACGGGCUGGUUGCUGCUAACCCAACUGCUCCUCCGGGAUCAUUGAGACGCCUGUCUACUUACAACGGCGCCAAACCAUCUAGGAAGACGAAGAGCUCUGCAUCCCCAGAAUCACCAGGAGAGCAAAUCACUUCUUCUAUGCUGGAGCCAGAAGAAGAUGCUUACUCUAACGACACCAUCUUCAUCCGUGGUUUGAAGGGCAAGGCUACUCGAGACGCGAUCAUGGAGUACUUUAAAGCGUACAACCCAGUCAAGGUCAAGAUUACAAAAGCCAAGAGGUUUGCAAAAGGAUGGAGCAGCCGCAGUAAUGUUCUCAUCAAGUUUGAUUUCAAGGAUGGUAACACCAUUGAUCGGGUGAUGGAGGAGUGUCAAAACUGCUUGUUCGAUGGAAACCCGUUCCAUGUCGACAAGGCCUACGUUCGUAAAUCAGCAUUGACACCAUCCUCGGCAAUCUCAGAGAAAUCGGCACUGCCAAAGGAGGCACAGAUUGAUUCCAGCUCUCCAACUAUCGCGGAAGCCUUAGAGUUGGGUAAGGAGGAAACCGGCAAGGAAGUGAAAGAAGUAGAAGCUGAACCAGUGGAGAAGACCGAGGUGAAGGAUACAGCCGAGUCUAAGCCAGUGGAAGCACCGGUAGAGCCUGCCAAGGUCGAAUCCACCGCAUGA